UUGAAAUGAAUGCAUGGUCCUGACAGUACAAAAGGCAGGUGUAUAAAAAGGGGGUUUUCGUCAGACUGGGAGAUCAAGGAAGGAGCGAGCAAGCACCCAAGCACCCAAGCAACAGAAACCAGAGGCUGUUCAGCCUUACAUUUUUUUCUAGAUAUGACUCUCGUCAAGGUAUGCGUGUGCGUCCUUGUGACCGCGCUGGCACUGACCGUGUGCGUGGCCCGGCCGCUGUCUGACUCCAAGAGCGAGAGGGGCGCGGCGCUGGCACAGAGGGACCCCCAGCGGGAGAAGACACUGGCUGCGCGUAAUGUCCGGAGAGAUUGGAUGGGAUCGCUCACUGAAGACCAGCGGCGGUUCGUGUCGAAAUACAUCCCACAAAUACUUGCAGAGCUGUCCAACCAGGAAGGCUAUCGGUCGGCGGACUCAGUGCACCCGAUAAUUGACCGCGACUACGCGGGUUGGAUGGAUUUUGGCAGACGAAGCACAGAAGAGGUGGAGUUCGCCCCCUGAGCUCACAAUGGGUAAAGAAGAAACGGCCUUCUGCACUCUGCAAAUACAAAACUAAUAACAAUUACAAUACUAAAAUAAAUAAUAAUUUUAAAAAAAAUCCAACCAUAAAUGUUACAUUCUGAAUGUACCAUUUUGCAAUAUACAGUAAAUACUUAUUUUUGUUCCUUUGAUUCAAUAUACUAUGGUGACAAUAAAUAUACCUUCUCUAAUA